AUGACCUGCUGUGGCUGCUCAGGAGGCUGUGGCUCCAGCUGUGGGGGCUGUGGCUCCAGCUGCUGCAAACCUGUUUGCUGCUCCAGCUGUGGGGGUUGUGGCUCCAGCUGUGGAGGCUGUGGCUCCAGCUGUGGAGGCUGUGGCUCCAGCUGUGGGGGUUGUGGCUCAAGCUGCUGCAAGCCUGUGUGCUGCUGUGUGCCUGUCUGUUCCUGCUCCAGCUGUGGGGGCUGCAAAGGAGGCUGUGGCUCCUGUGGGGGCUGCAAGGGAGGCUGUGGCUCCUGUGGGGGCUCUAAGGGAGGCUGUGGCUCCUGUGGAGGCUGCAAGGGAGGCUGUGGCUCCUGUGGGGGCUGCAAGGGAGGCUGUGGCUCCUGUGGGGGCUGCAAGGGAGGCUGUGGCUCCUGUGGGGGCUGUGGCUCCUGUGGGGGCUGCAAGGGAGGCUGUGGCUCCUGUGGGGGCUGCAAGGGAGGCUGUGGCUCCUGUGGGGGCUGUGGCUCCUGUGGGGGCUGCAAGGGAGGCUGCUGUCAGUCCAGCUGCUGCAAACCCUGCUGCUGUCAGUCCAGCUGUUGUAAGCCCUGCUGCUCUUCAGGUUGUGGGUCAUCUUGCUGUCAGUCCAGCUGUUGCAAGCCCUGCUGCUGUCAGUCCAGCUGUUGUAAGCCCUGCUGCUGUCAGUCCAGCUGUUGCAAGCCCUGCUGCUGUCAGUCCAGCUGCUGUGCCCCUGUGUGCUGCCAGUGCAAGAUCUAAGGUUUACUAAUCCCACAGACCAGCUCUCUCCAGACAGAAACAGGAGCAGCAGCCCUGAACUCUGAGGUUCACCCACCCCUGGGUCUUCAGUCUUUGGUCUUGAAGCUGCAUCUCCAGACUGAGGGAUGUGCCCUGGGGUGAAAAACUCUGGCUGGAAGCUCACUAUUCAUUCUACACUCAGUGGAUCAGACCUUCAUCCACUUCCUUCGCUCCAGUCUCCAAGACUCUGACUUCCUUGGCCCCUGGCCUCACCUGGAGGCUACAUCAAGUCUACAGGUAGGUGGCAGACUGUGGAGGUCACCACUACCUGGGGUCCCAGGGAGCUGUGAAUUCCUUUCCACCCAGCAUUGUCCUGGCCAGGCCCAUCUCCACGUGACCUCCUCUGUGUUUCUGAGCUUCCUGAUUUCUCUGUCUGGGUGAGCACACUGUGCCCUUGAUACAAACAUCCUUCAAUAAACAU